AUGUUCUUCAAUAAAACAAGUCCAAAAAGUUGUGAAUCACUACGAGCGAUCCUACAAAAAUAUGAAGAAGCGUCAGGACAACAAAUCAACCUCUCAAAAUCCUCGGUUACAUUUUCCAGGAAGACACCACAAGAGAUAAGAACACGAGUUAAAGCUACCCUAGGAAUUGAAAAGGAGGGAGGGCAAGGAAAAUACCUUGGUUUACCUGAGAGCUUCGGACGCAGGAAAAAGGACUUGUUCACCGUGAUAGUAGACCGUAUUCGCCAACGAGCUAUAAAGUAUUCCUCAAGAUUCCUCUCAGCGGCAGGGAAGAUGACAAUGAUCAAAUCUGUAUUAUCAGCCAUCCCCACAUACGCAAUGUCCUGCUUCAAGCUCCCAGCAGGACUCUGCAAACGUAUACAAUCCGCUAUUACCCGAUUCUGGUGGGAUACAACGAUAGGAAAGAAGAAGAUGUGUUGGUUAUCAUGGACCAAACUCACCAGAUCAAAGAAGCAAGGGGGUCUCGGUUUUAGGGAAAUUCAAAGCUUCAAUGACUCGCUCUUGGAAAAGAUAAGCUGGCGAAUCCUUCAAAACCCGUCCUGCCUCCUUAGCAAAGUCCUUCUCGGCAAGUAUUGCAAGCACAAAGUUUUUCUCGACGUUCCCAUCACCUCCUCCACAUCCCAUGGUUGGCGUGGGAUUCUCAUUGGAAGAGAUCUCCUUAAAACCCGGUUGGGUCGAGCUAUUGGUGAUGGACUCUCCACGUCGCUGUGGAACGACCAAUUGCUUUCCUUUAAAAUGCCUUCCCGACCAAUGGGACCACCCAGAGCCAUGGACCAGAACCUGAAAGUAUCAGAUAUUAUUAAUGAGCAAACAAGAGAGUGGAACCAUGAGAAGAUCGGAGAGCUCUUACCGACCCAUAUGGAGGAAAUCCGAGCCCUAAGACCGAGCAAAAGAGGUGCCUCUGACUCCUAUUUAUGGCUCCCAACAAAAUCUGGUGAGUAUACGGCUAAAACAGGUUACUACGCGGCGAUGGAAAGGGAGGCAGAACCACACCUACAUCAAACCCCAAACCAUCUAAAUUGGGACACUGACAUUUGGCAAACGAAGGUCUCACCUAAACUAAAGGUCUUCCAAUGGAAAAUAGUGCAAGAAGCCUUACCCAUAGGAGAGAAUCUACUUAACCGUGGAAUCCUUGACAAUGCCUGCUGUGUGUACUGCGGAGAGCUGGAGACGACUGAACACCUCUUCCUCCACUGUGAAUUUGUGCAAAAGGUAUGGAACCUAGCCCCUUUCUCGAUUAACAUCGAACCACCCACUCUCCGAUCUUUCACCAAUACCCUAGUUUCAUCCAAAGACUGGAUCUGUCUCCUACCAAUCGGAAUUGGAGCUGGACCGCUCUUCCCAUGGAUUUGCUGGACACUUUGGAAAGCACGAAACUAUCUUAUCUUUGAGGAAAGACCAUUCUCACCCACAGAGACCAUGAACAAUGCGAUUGUGGAAGCAAAGGAGUGGCAGCAAGCGCAAUCGGAGCCCCAAAAGAAAACCCUGAGACAUGCACAAUUGAAUCAAAACGCGACCCCACCAAACUCGAUCCUCUGCUUCACCGAUGGAGCAUGGAGCGAGAUAAAUGGAAUCGGAGGCCUGGGGUGGGUGUUCGUAGACGGUGAAGGCACAAAUAUUGACUCGGGUCAGGGAGCCGAACAAUUCAUUUCCUCCCCGCUCAUGGCCGAAGCUCUCGCGAUCCGAUCGGCGCUCCAACAUGCAUUGGAGAAGGGUUUCUCACAAAUCCACAUCAAAUCUGACGCUCAGGAAGUCAUCCGAGCUAUCACAAAGCAAGAGCUAGUUAAAGAACUCUACGGAGUCCUCUUUGACAUCAAAACUCUUGCAUCUCUGUUUGAUUCGAUAUCAUUCAGCUCUAUCCCGCGAUCGGAAAACACCAUCGCCGAUACAAUGGCAAAAAUCGCAAAAAAUCGUUUAGUCUCUUUACUUUCCUUCUGGGACCCAUUCGAUGUAAUUGCCAACUAA